AAUUCAAGGCAUGAAAAAUGCUGUUCCCAAGAAUGAUAAAAAGAGACGAAAACAGCUGGCUGAUGAAGUUGCCAAACUAGAGGCAGAACUUGAACAGAAGCACAAGGAGGAAUUAAAGCAGCUGAAGGAAGCUUCACCUGAGCAGAAUAAGACAGAUUCUAUAGCUGAUGGGGUUGCAAAUUUAGAGCUUGAAGGAGUAGAGCAACAGAUUCAGCAUCCUCGAAUAUCAAAAGCACAGAAGAGGCGGGAAAAAAAAGCUGCCUUGGAGAAAGAAAGAGAAGAAAGAAUAGCUGAAGCUGAGAUAAAAAAUUUAACGGGUGCUAGACAUCUUGAAAGUCAGAAACUUGCCUUCCUAUUGGCAGCAAGGCACUUAGAGAUUAAACAGAUCCCUUCAGAUGGCCAUUGCAUGUACAGAGCUAUUGAAGAUCAGCUCAAGGAUCGCCAAAAUUCCUGGACUGUUGCAACUUUGAGGAACCAAACAGCAAAGUAUAUGCAAAGUCACUUUGAGGACUUCCUGCCAUUUCUUACCAACCCUAGUACUGGAGACAUGUAUAGCAGAGAGGAAUUUGAAAAAUACUGUGAUGAUAUAGCAAAUACAGCUGCAUGGGGUGGUCAGCUGGAACUAAGGGCUUUGUCGCACAUUUUGCAAACACCUAUUGAAGUAGUGCAAAUGGAUUCCCCUCCCAUUAUUGUUGGUGAAGAAUAUUCAGGCAAACCAAUCAUACUUGUGUAUAUGAGACAUGCCUAUGGAUUAGGAGAACAUUACAAUUCUGUAAAACUUCUAACAGAUGCUGCUACAGAAAACAGCAGCUAGCAUACAAAAGUCAUAAAUCCACAUGGAUAACAGUUGCAUCUUGAUGUAUUGGGCUCCAGACAAUUCCCAGACAGACAGGAAAGUAAAACUAGAUGGA